GUUAGCUUGUCCCUUUAUGCAUUGUGGUAUAGAUGCUUCCUGUAGAUGUGUAGUGCAUGCCACAAAAUAAGUCGCUUUGUGUCGUUCUGUUCUUCCUGUUCCACUCUGUAGGGCACGUUAGCAACGCUUUUUCAACAGUGGCUGAACCAUGGGUGUGGUCGCCUAUGUAAAAUUAAUGUUGUUGUGAUAGGCUACACUCCGCUAACGCACGGGAGCCACUAGAGCAGCAGCAGAGAAGCACCGCGACACCUGCACUGAUCAGUUCACUGUGGCAAAGUAAGUUCAUAUUAGGGGUGAAAAAUACCAGUUGACAAGAUUGCAAUGUCUGCUGAAACCAAGGCUACCCCUGUCCAUUCCACAAAUGCUGAUGUCAUCCCAGUCCAGACCAAUAUAAAGGCUCACCCAAGAAGCUCUUUAAUUGCCCCUGUGCUUGCUAGCAACACAUUCAAUGCUUCAGUUAAUUUAAACUUCUAUGCUGACACAAGACAUACAGCAGAACAAAGCCCAGCUGUAGUGAAUGACCAUGUGAAAACAAUCCUGAAAACUGUUUUAAUGAACCAUAAAACUAGACUGAAGAAGAAGUUCACAUUCUUUUGUGAGGGUGAUUCUAAGGUUGAGCACAAAACCCUCUUAAACAGCAUUUACACAGGACUCUUUAUAACACAAAGACAGGACAGAAGAGUGGAGGAACAUAAGAAUGAAAUUUGUCAGGUUGAGCAAAAAUCAAGGCAGAAGUCCCAGCAUCAUACUCCUAUACUCUGCAAUGACAUCUUCAAAGAAAUUUCUCAUUGUAAACCAAGUACAGAAUUAAAAGAGAAAGCUGAAGAAGAGGCAGCUGAAGUGGAAGACAUCAGAAUUGUGCUGACUAAAGGUAUUGCAGGCAUUGGGAAAACUGUCUCUGUGCAGAAGUUCAUUUUGGACUGGGCUGAAGGAAAAGCCAACCAGGACAUAGAUCUCAUGAUUGUAAUGCCUUUUCGAGAGCUGAAUGUGGUGGAAGCUGACCAGUUUAGUCUGUGUAAACUUAUCUGCAUUUUCAACCCUGAACUGAAAGAUCUACCCACAGAGAUGUAUGACAAAUGUAAAAUUAUCUUCAUUCUCGAUGGUCUAGAUGAAUUUUAUUGCCCACUGAAUUUCCACCAAAAACUGGUCUCCAAUAUAAAUGAAGUAUCUUCAGUUGACAAACUUUUAAUGAACUUAAUCAAAGGAACUCUCCUCCCAUCUGCUCAAAUCUGGGUAACCUCCCGACCAGCAGCAGCCAAUCAGAUCCCCUCUUGCUAUAUCAACCGUGUGACAGAAGUUCAGGGAUUCAGUGAUUCACAGAAAGAGGAAUACUUUAGGAAAAAAAUCAGAGACCAAGACAAAGCCGAGAAAAUCAUUUCACACAUUAAGACAGCAAGGAGCCUCCACAUCAUGUGCCACAUACCUGUCUUCUGCUGGAUCACAGCAACAUUGCUACAGCAAAUCCUGAAUGAAGAUGCCUGUGCAAAAAUCCCUCAAACUCUGACUGAAAUGUACACACACUUCCUGUUCAUUCAGACAAAGAGGAAGAACCAGAAGUAUGAUGAGCGGGAAGUGAGUGAUCCUGAGAAACUGAUGAAAUCUAACAGACAGAUGCUUCUGAAACUGGCUGAACUGGCUUUUAAACAGCUGAUGAAGUGCAAAGUUAUAUUUAGUGAAGAAGACCUGAGAGAGUGUGGUAUUGACGUCACUGAGGCCUCAGUGUACUCUGGGAUAUGCACUGAGAUCUUCAAAGAGGAAUCUGUGCUUUACCAAAGGAAGGUCUACUGCUUUGUGCAUCUGAGCUUUCAGGAGUUCCUGGCUGCUUUGUAUGUCUUCCACUGCUAUUUAAGCCAGAGCACAGGGGCACUGCAGUUCUUCAUGCAUGAUGAGUCAAACAAUGUGGACUGUCCUGAGGGUGUUCCACAGGAUCAUGACCACAUGAAGCUGAAAAAGUAUGUAACCAUUUCACUAGAUGAGCUGCUAAGAAAAGCAGUGGAUAAAGCCCUAAAGAGUCAGAAUGGACACUUGGAUCUUUUCCUCCGUUUCCUGCUGGGCAUCUCAUUAGAAUCUAAUCACAGACUUCUGCAAGGACUGUUGACAGUCACUAAAAACAACGCAGAGAGCAUUAGGAAAACUGUAAGGUACAUCCAGGAUCGGAUAAGAGGUACAUCAGUGAAAGAGAAGAAGCAGAUGACAAAGAUGAAAGUGGAUACUUCCAUUAAUCUCUACCUCUGCCUGGCUGAAAUGAAUGAUCAGUCUCUUCACAGUGAGAUUCAGCAAUAUCUAAAAUCAAAGGAUCGUUCAGAGUAUCUCUCUCCUGCACACUGCUCAGCAGUAGCUUAUAUGCUACAGCAGUCAGAUGAGCUGCUGGAGGAGUUAGACUUGAAGAAAUACAACACAUCAGAGGAGGGUUAUAGGAGACUGAUCCCAGCAAUUACAAACUGCAGAAAGGCUCUACUGGCUGGCUGUUGUCUGAAUGAGCAAUCCUGUGAAACUGUGGCAACACUGCUAGAAUCUGGAACUUCGACAUUAAAAGAACUAGACCUCAGUUAUAACCACUUGCAGGAUUCAGGAGUGAAAUUACUGUCUGCCGGGAUGAAGAGCUCAAACUGUAAACUGGAGAUACUGAGACUAGCUGGUUGUAAUCUAAGUAAGCAGUCUGCUGAAUCUGUGACCUCAGUACUACAAACAGAAAAUUCUUCCCUGAAAGAAUUGGACUUCAGUUACAAUGAGCUGCAUGAUUUAGGAGUGGAGCUUCUCUCUACUGGACUGAAGAGUUUACACUGUAAACUAGAAUCACUCAGCCUAGCUGUCUGUAAGCUCACUGAGCAGUCCUGUGAAAUUGUGGCCUCAACUCUGCAAUUUUCCAAUUCAUCACUGAAAAAGUUGGACCUCAGUAACAAUGACUUGCAGGAUUCAGGAGUGGCGCUGCUCUAUGCUGGACUGAGAAGUCCACACAGUAAACUGACGACCCUGAGAUUGUCUGGUUGUUUGGUUACAGAGGUAGGCUGCUCUUUUCUGGCUUCAGCUCUAGGUUCAAAUCCCUCAUACCUGAAAGAACUAGAUCUGACUUACAAUCACCCUGGAGAAGCAGGAGUGAACCUGCUGUCUGCUAGACUGGAGGAUCCAUACUGCAGCUUGGAGACACUCAGAUUGGAUCGCUGUGGAGAGUGGAGGAUCAAACCAGGACUAAAGAAAUAUUCCUGUGAUCUCACUCUGGACCCAAACACAGCACACAGACGUCUCUCUCUGAGUGAGGAGAACAGGAAGGUGGUGUGUGUGAGAAAGGAGCAGUCGUAUCCUGAUCAUCCAGAGAGAUUCGAUUGCAGGUUUCAAGUGAUGUGUAGAGAGAGUCUGAGUGGACGCUGUUACUGGGAGGCUGACUGGAGUGGAGAUACAGAUAUAGCAGUGACAUAUAAAGGAAUCGGGAGGAAAGGGAGGAGCCGUGAGUGUAGAUUUGGAUACAAUAGAAAAUCUUGGAGACUGAGCUGUUACAAUAACGGUUAUGCUGCCUGUCAUGAUGAUAAAAUCACUGAAAUAUCUGUCCCUUCAACUUGUUCCAACAGAGUAGGAGUGUAUCUGGACUGGAAGGCUGGCACGCUGUCAUUUUACAGCGUCUCCGCUGACACACACACACUGACACAAUUACACACAUUCCACUGCCUAUUCAAUGAGCCCCUCUAUGCAGGGUUUGGGUUUGGUUAUGACUCCUCAGUGUGUGUUUGUCAGAUAGAGAAGCCUCCUGUGCCCUAGAGAAACAUAUCUCACUUCACAUUUGGAAAAAUUCCCACAUAUAAAAGUCUUUUCUCUCCUUUUGUCUCUUGUCACUUCUCUACAGACCUAACAUAAAAAAUCUCACAUUAUUCCUUUGUUAUUAUAGCCAUCUCUGUACAUUUUUCACUUUAUUUGUUUAGUUUUCAAAAAAGACAAAGAAAAUAUGAAAAAAGGAAAAAAAAACAACAAAAAAGGGGAACAGAAUACUGCCUGCAAGACUUAUAACAGCAGUACACAGCAUAAAUACAUUAAAUUUACAUUUCACCAAAUUACAAUGAAUGGUCAUAAAGCAGACAGUGUCAAUGUGUAUUUAAUUUUCAUCUGGAAUAUCUCCUUUUCUGUGUCAAAAUACUGACUUUGUUUGGGGGAUCAGUCUCACCAGUUUCUAUUAAAUGCAUUAUUAUUUGCUAUGAGGAACAAUCUUGCCAAGUAUCUGUACUCCUUCAGUACAACCCAGGUGAAAUGCUGCCCAGGUACAUUAUGUUACCCCUCUUUGGAAUUGUGUAUUCACAGUGAGCUUGGCCCUUUCCCAAAACUGAUCUAAUUUUUGGCAACUCUAGAAAAUAUGUGCAUUGUUUGCACCAAAGAUUCCACUCUGCCACCACAUGUUUUUGUACUAACAACUAUUUAAUUUUAUUUUUAAG